CCCAGUUCAGUAGGCCCGCGCGCUGCCUAGAAAUCUUGUCUGCUUAUCAGAACUGUAUAUCACAAGAGUUUUAAUACAAGGAAUCUAGGGCCUGUACGCUCAGGCCUAUAAUACAUUCGUCACAGGCAGACUUAGCUCGCAGCGUUGGUAGCCAUGUGCUUCUAGGUGGGCCCCAGGCCGAAUUAGUAGCCCAAAGCGCCAGGCAGCAAUCGAGGAUGUCAGCUGAGGGCAAGGACAAGCCGGAGGCGGUGAAGGCGGAGGAGAAAGCGCCAGCAGCGACCCCACAGGUCACCAAGGACGAGCCGGCCCCGGCGAAGAAGGCCGGGUGGGCCCAGGUUCUUAAGCAGGAACCAAAGGCUAAGUCGGGCGAGGAUAGCAGCAACGAUGCGGCCGCCGCGCCGCCCGCUGAGAAGGCAGAUGCAGUAAAGAAGGCUGACACCAAGGCGGAUCCUAAGGAGGCGCCUGCAGCAGCCACUAAGGAGCCCCAAGGCGAUGUGUCAAAUGCACCCAGCAACAGCAGCAAGUCGGAGCAGAAGGAUGCAAAGGAGGACAAGGCGGCGGGCGGCUCUGCUUCUGGCGAGCCUGCGAGCAGCAACGAUGGAGGGGAACGAACUUCUGGCGAGGAGAAGUCCAAGGAGGGCAAGCCGGCCAAGCCCGCGUGGAAAAAGCCGGACCAGCCCCCGGUCACUGAUGCGGGUCAGUCGGACUGGCCAACGUUGGGGGAUGCCAAGCAGCCGGUUAAGAAGCGUGAGCAGGCGCCCCCUGGCGCCAAUGCAACGGAGGGUACGAAAGAGAAGGAGGGUGGCGGUGGUGGCGGCGGCGGUGGCGGCAGCGGCUCUGGCAAGGGCAAGGCCAAGCCCGUGCGCCUGCCGGUCUCGGCUCUGGGAGAGGGUCUGCGGGACGGCGAGGAGGGCGGCCACAAAGGGGAGAAGGGCCAUGCCAGCAGCAGUGGCUCGGGGCAUGCGGGCGGCAGGGGUGGCGGACGUGGCGGCUCCGGCGGACGUGGCGGCGGCGCCGCCGCGGGUGGCCGCGAGCGCCGCGGUAACUACUCGACUGAGGGCCAGGCCGACGCCUCGUCCUCCUGGACGCGUAAAUCGGACGCGGCAGCUAGCUCAUCGGGCGCGGGUGAGGGCGGCAGCAGCGCGCGCGGCGAGGGCCGCGGCGGUGGUCGGGGUGGUGGCGAGGGCGGGCGCGGCGAGGGCGCCGGCCGUGGCGAGGGCGGGCGCGGGCGGGGUCGCGGACGGGGCAGCGGCGGCCGCAGCGGCAGCGGCUUCCACGCGAGCGGCAGCGGCGGCUCGCAGGCACAGGGCAACACCAACAUGGGCCCCUACAUUAGCGCGCCCGUGCCCAGCCAGCAGCAACAGCAGCAGCAAUUCAACUACCCCGGCUACUACGCCGGCGGCAUGUUCUACCCCACCGCGCCCUACGGCUCGGCCAACCCCGCUGACAAGGCGCAGACGAAGGCCAUGCUGACAGAGGCGGUGCGCAAGCAGAUCGAUUACUACUUCUCCGUGGAGAACCUGUGCAAGGACAUCUUCCUGCGCUCGAAGAUGGACGACAAUGGCUGGAUCCCGCUGGCCGUGGUCGCCAACUUCAACCGCGUGCGCAUCCUGACGCUGGACUGGACGCUGAUCGUGGACGCCAUCGCGGACUCACCCAUCGUGGAGGUGUCCAGCGACAGCACCAUGCUGCGCGCGCGGGAGAACUGGGACCGCUGGGUGCUGCCGCCGCAGCAGCGCGACCUCAGCCACAACCCCGCCGCGCUGCAGGCCGCGGCGGCCAAGGGCGAGGAGGGCAGCAGCCCCCAGUCGGGCAAGGGCAGCGCGGAGAAGGCUGAGAAGCCCGAGAAGGCCGACAAGGCUGACAAGGCCGACAAGGGCGAUAAGGCAGCGGAGCAGGCGCAUGGGACAUCAGUGGCCGCCGCCGCGGCCGCGUCGCCAGUAGCCUCCUCCCUAGCAGCAGCGGCGGGAGGCAAGCCCUCUGCCAGCAGCACGCCACCUCCCGCCAAGCCAGCGGCGUUCACGACGCCGCGUGCUGGCGCGCCGGCCGCCAAGGCGGCGCCGGCUAAGCCGGCCAAGAAGGAGGACGCGGACGACGAGGACGAGGACCUGUUUGCCAUGGAUGAGGAUGAGGACGCCGCUGCGCAGCGUGACGAGCAGGAGGACGUGGUGAACGCCAUGAGCGACCGCGACGUGCUGGAGAAGCUGAUCGUGGUGACGCCCAGCCGCAAGAUCCGUGGCGAUCCGGGCGGCAAGCUGGACACGUCGUCCAGCCGCCUCAUUGCGGACGGCCUGGCCAUGUACGAGCAGGAGCUGGCGGCGCAAAUCAACAAGCGCCACCACACCAAGCCGCCCAAGGGCCCGCACGGCGGGCCCAGCAGCGGCCGCAACGCGGCGCCGAUAGCCGGCAUGCACUUCUACGGCUCCUCGCUGCCCAAGAGCGGCGCGCACAGCUACAGCCGCGGCGCGCACAAGCGCAUGGGCGACUCGCUCACCGGCACCUCGCCGCCCAACGGCGGCGCCGUGGGUUGGCUCAUGGGCGCCACGCCGCCCGAGGGCAACGGCCUGUACGGCACCAGCCCCUCGGGAUCCAUGGCCUCGAGCUUUGGCGGCUCGUACAAGCGGCACGGCAUGCUGGGCACCAGCCCCAGCGGCCGCGGCGGCAGCGUGCCGCUGCCCAAGUUCCAGCACCCCAGCUACGCGCUGCUGGAGGAGAACGGCUUCAAGCAGAUCAAGUACAUGAAAUGGUUUAAGCGCUGCGUGGAGGAGCGCUCCGCCAAGGGCAUUGGCCAGAGCGAGGAGAUGAACACGCUGUUCCGCUUCUGGUGCUACUUCCUGCGCGACAACUACAACGAGAAGAUGUACACCGACUUCCGCAAGUACGCGGAGGAGGACGCGGGCGCGCAGUACCACUACGGCAUGGAGUGCCUCUUCCGCUUCUACAGCUACGGCCUGGAGAAGAGCUUCCGUGCCGACCUGUACAAGGACUUCGAGGAGAUGACGCUCAAGGACUUUGACGCGUACGACAGCCUGUACGGCCUGGAGAAGUUCUGGGCGUUCCACUUCUACGCCGGCUUCCCCAAGGACAGCGGGCUUGAGAUCCACGCGCGGCUCAAGACGCUGCUGGAGACGGAGUACAAGUCGUCGGAGGACUUCAAGCGGGAGAACGCUCGCCGCCAGCAGGAGAAGGCCGCUGCCAAGGCCGCGGCCGCGAAGGCGGAGGGCGAGAAGCCCAUUGAGAAGUCGGCGCCGGUGGCCGUGCAGGCCAAGUAGGCGAGCAGCCAGCGAGAGCAGUCAUGGAGCAAUCGGCGAGGAGCCGGCGAGCGGGCGAGGAGCGGUUGGAGUCGGGAGCAGCCGGCAUGCGGAGUGGCGCUCUGCCGGCAACCGUGAAGCAGCGUCUGUGUGGAGUGGCACCGAGGGUGCAGGUGCAGGAGUGAGGCAGACAAUGUGCCGGGUGCGGAUGCGGGUGAGUGCAUGCGGCGGGGAGUGGUGCGUAAAAGUAGAACGUUGAUACGGGCUUGCUGAAUUGCUGGCGCCGUGCUGUGGUGGGUGAGGAAAGCAAACUAGUUCAGCGGCGCCUGUGCGAUGGUUGCGGGUCUGCGGACUCCGACGUCGACGCUGACACCAUGGCAGCAACAUUUAGCAUAAUUGCUGUGGCAGACGUGCUUGAAUGAUUGAAAGCGGGGGAAAGCCGGGUGGGGCACUGAUGAAGUAGCAGGGGCAUGCCUCCGGCUAGUUUGUUUCUGUGUGCGUGGUUCUCGGGUUUCCUUGUUUUUCGCGCUUCAACUAUAGCAGAAGUUUGAUGUGAAGCGCCUUUACAGGUAUCCGACGUUGUUGCGUGCGGAUGGCGUCGUCGUAUGGUGCGGUGUGGUUGGGCUCUGCCGUGUGUGAGCAGCGGGGGUGCCUGAUGAUCGCAGAGGCCCGGGUGGGUGCGGGUGCGCAGGCAAGCGGGGGCUUUCUGUCUGCUAUAGAUGCGCGGACGCAUUGCUUACGUAGGAUUUCCUAGUCAAAGAUCAGGUCUGAGUUGGGUGCGUUGAUGGUCUUCGUGUCUGAUCGUGUCGGUAUGGCACCAAUACAAAACCAUAUUAGUUCCCCAUCCCCGUAUUGAUUGACGCAUAGUAUGCAAUGCGGGGAGGGGGAGUCCAAAAAAGUGUGUGUGCAUAGGUGACGGUGUGUGCGUGCGUGCAGUGUGUGAGGCAGAACUGACAGUGCCAUCCUCGCUGCUGUGAUGAUCGAGCGUUGGCCAAUGGAGUGAGGGCCAGAUGUAUGAUAACGAACCCGAACCAGUUUAAAAUUGCAGC